AGAAAAUUCAAAGCCAAAAGUGAUAACCAUAAUAAUAACAACAAAUUUCAGUUGGCUAUUUCGCUCACACAAACAAAGAAUUGGAGUCUUCAUCUUCAUCCCGUCCAACCAAAAGAGAAGCAGCAAGAAGAAGAACGGAAGAAGCUGAGGGAAACCUGCAGGUUCACACGGCACCUGAGAGCUCUCUCGUUACGGCAUGAACCGUGGGAUGUGGCAGACCUCGCCGGUGAUGGCGACAGGCAACCUCUAUUGGCAGUGGAAUCCUAAUGCCAUCCCCCCUCCGCCUCUUCCUCUCCCACCAUCAACUCCUAUUCCUUUCCACGCCUCCCCCUCCAUGUUCCAACCUUACCAGCAACCGCCAUCACUUCUUCUUAGCUCCUCAGCCUGGAAUGACAACCAAGAGUUUCCGGAAUCUUGGUGCCAAUUAUUGUUAGGGAGUUUGGUGGGUGACUAUGAAAGCCACGGAAACACCAAUAUGAAGAGAACCGCGGAGAAUUUGGAACAUCAGGUGCCGAUUCCCUCCUCAAACACAUACAUGACACAAGUGAAACGCGAGGUACUCAAUGGUGGUUUUGUGUAUUCUCAACAUCAAGAGCAUCACAAUCAAGUGUUGCAGACAACAGCGUCUUCUUCGCGGCAGAUCAGCCAUCUCGUCUCCUCCCCUACCUCUUGCACAAGUUACAGCAGCAACGUUUUUGAUUUCUCCAGUGGCAAGUCAAAGAAACAACCGAUCUCAUCAGAUCGAUCACCUGAGUGCAAUAGCUCAGCAACGGGUGCAGCGGUGAAGAAGGCUAAACUCCAGGCCGCAGGCGCAGGACAAUCCUCCUUCAAGGGUAGAAAAGUGAAAUUGGGUGAUAGAGUAACAGCACUACACCAACUUGUUUCCCCCUUUGGAAAGACUGACACGGCGUCUGUAUUGCUAGAGGCUAUUGGGUACAUCAGAUUCCUUCAAGCUCAAAUAGCGGCUUUGAGUUCUCCUUACAUGGAUACUGCCCCAGGAAGUUUAACACAUCCUGUGAAAGGUGAGACAGAAGGUUGCGGAUGCCCACAAGACUCAGAUCAGCAGAAAGUUGCAGAUGAGCCGAAGAAGGACCUGAGGAGUAGAGGCUUGUGUCUCGUGCCUGUAUAUCGUAUUCUAAAUGCUGGCAGUGAAAAUGGAGCUGGCUUUUGGCCAGCAGCAGCGGGUGCAGGAUUUCAAUGCGAUCGAUGACCCUUUCCAGCAGGCCUUCCAGGCUGAAGCUUCAUGAAAAGGUACAACACCAUGAGCAGUCAAUCUAUCAACUAAAAGCCUGGCUGAUCCCUCAUGCUGCUGUACAUGCUCCUUCAGCAGCUCAGAAGUUGCAGCUGAUGGAAUCCCAAUCACUAAUUGCAGGCCGUGUCGUUUUCUUUCUUUCUUUCUUAGUCAUUUCUUUGGUGCUUUUUUUAUUGUAUAUGUAUCCAUUAGGGGCAUGUGUAUCUCACCAUCAGGAUGGCGCGUUUCUUGCUUUUGAAGCAAGCAGACCAUUCUGAUCAAGAUCUUAUACUUCAGCUGCUGGUGAAUCGUCUCUGCCAUUGUUUGUUGGGGUACGAGAUGGAGUCAUCAAUCAAUGUUGUAAACUCAUUCCAUAAUCCUACCAAAAUGCGAGAAUGUAAAGACUCAUGAUCUUGCUGGUCUUUGUCUUCAUAUUGUAAAGAUCUAAUUCCGCAUCAGUACAUUAUUACAUUUAGAUUUUCAGUAA